AUCGCAAGGAAGCAAUAUGCCAGACCCCAAAACCUCAGACAGUGAAAGAACUAAGAACCUUUUUAGGCAUGACAAGGUGGUGCAGACUGUGGAUUUAUAACUAUGGGUUGCUUGUUAAACCUCUGUAUGCCUUGAUCACGGAAGGGAGCAGAGAUCUUCAGUGGACAAAAGAUGCAACCCGAGCCUUCAACCAACUAAAGAAAGCCCUUAUGUCAGCUCCAGCCCUAGGACUUCCAAACGUGAGUAAACCAUUUUUCCUGUUUUCUCAUGAGAAGCAGGGGAUUGCCUUGGGAAUAUUAGCACAGAACUUAGGCCCGUGCUGGAGGGCAGUGGCCUAUCUUUCCAAGCAACUGGACACAGCAGCUAAAGGAUGGCCAGGGUGCCUCAGAGCAGUUGCAGCAGUAGCAAUAAACAUCCAAGAAGCACGCAAAUUCACCCUAGGCCAGAAGAUGACUGUGCUAGUAUCUCACACAAUGUCUGCAGUCCUUGAGGCAAAAGGGGGACAUUGGCUCUCCCCACAGAGAUUUCUGAAGUACCAAGCCAUACUGGUAGAACAAGAUGAUGUUGAAAUUGUGGUAACUAACAUUGUGAACCCAGCUUCCUUCCUCAGCGGGAGCAUGGGAGAACCAGUGAUCGAUGAGUGCCUGGAGACCAUUGAAGCCACAUACUCGAGCCGCCCAGAUCUGAAGGACACCCCGCUUGAGGAUGCUGACACCUGGUUUACUGAUGGAAGCAGCUAUGUCGUCAGUGGAAGAAGGCACGCUGGGUAUGCAGUUACCACAAGCAGAGAGGUAAUAGAGUCUGGGCCAUUACCAACUAAUACAUCUGCACAGAAGGCUGAAAUAAUUGCCUUAAUCCGAGCCCUAGAGCUGGCAAAAGGAAAAGAGAUCAACAUCUACACGGACUCAAGGUAUGCAUUUGGAGUGGUUCAUGCUCACGGAGCCAUCUGGAAGGAAAGAGGACUGCUGAAUUCACAAGGCAAGAGUAUUAAACACGCACAAGAGAUACUGAGGCUAUUAGAUGCCAUACAACUACCUGAGAGAGUAGCCGUAAUGCACAUAAAGGCACACCAAAAAGUGAGCUCUGAAUUGGAAGAAGGGAAUAUGCUGGCGGACAGAGAGGCAAAAGAAGCAGCAAAAGGUGAGGUACCUGAUAAGGCUGUUGAGGCAGCAUUGAUUCCAGAUGGAAAAGUUUCUAUUGAAGUCUUUUGCAGAAAAAACCUUAGAACCACAGUGGGAAGGACCAUUCCAGGUGCUCCUCACUACCUUCACUGCAAUCAAGAUCCAAGAACAGAAGGCCUGGAUCCAUCACUCCCGAGUGAAGAAAGCCCCAGAAGGAAUUUGGAAAGCCACACCAGGCGAUAACGAACUGAAGCUGAAGCUCACUCGGAACAACGAAUAAAUGGACUAAGAGUUAUUUUGGACAUUAUGUGGAAAGUUGUAACUAUUGUAGUAAUUACCUUAACCAUAACAGGAGUCAACGCAAUACCACAAAGGUAUAAUGUGACUGGGAUAUACCAGGGCCAAGGAAGAGCCUAUGAUCCUUACUCUCGUAAGGCUUUAAACAAGAUACUAAAAGUCACAAAUGCAAGCUAGUGGGAGGGAAGAAAACUAUACACGAUGCCUCAGUGGACUUAAUACACCCAAUAGUCCCCUUAGGAUUAAACCAUGAGGGAACUGUAUUGUACCCUUCUGAACACAGAAUGUGAGCCCAAGAAAUUAAAGGAAAGCGGCAAACUAUUAAUCUAGAGCCCUGUACUGUGAGGAGACAAUUAGGAUACAUAUGUGAAGGGACAUUAGAGGGUGAAUGAAUUUGACUUAGUUGCUCAAAUUACUAUACACCAUGACACAGAGACCAUCAAAGGCGUUUUUAAAAGGCUUGAGGAACAUUUGUCUCAUCAUUGGUGGGAUGUGCUUUUUGGGUGGUCACCAACAGCAACCGGAAUAUUGAAUACCUUAAUCCACCCUAUAGUUGUGUUGCUUAUUUUGGUCAGCAUAAGUUUAGUGUUAUCCAUUGUAAUACUUGUUUGGAACUGGAGGAUGCUACGACGAGUGGCAGCUUUAACAUCACUGUCAAAGGCGUAUGGCUUAGUCUUGAGAGACACUAGCUGUACAGCUUGGAUAGAUGAGGAAGACUCUGUAUACUGAGUAAAAGAAUUUACUCAUUUCAAAGAAGAAGUGGGGAAUGAGACGUUAAUUUUGAGGAACUAAGGAUUUUUUAGGAAAGUUAAGAUAAUAAGUUGCUGAACUAGCUGAAGUAGAUAGGCAAUCUUUGUUCGCAGUUAACAGAAGCCGGAUCUUAGAUAAGCUACCCCGGAUCUUGUAACUCAUUUCUUGUCAGGUUUAUGUUUAUGUAGUUGUCCUUGUCAUGAAAAACAGAAUGUGGUAAAUAAGACAUAAGAUAGCUGCAGAUUUCCUGCUUAAAGGACCCAUUGAACACAGGAAACUGUAAGUUCUACCAAGGAAUCAUUUGUCACGAAUGCAUUGAAAAGGUAGAAAGGUCAAGACGAGGAAGACUCAUCUUACUUCCUCAUUUUAGGUGACCCCUCCCCAAAAUAGACCCCCGACUCAUUUUAAGAAACAAAGUACGCAUGCUUAAUAGCCUUUUUGCCAAUUAGCAUACGA